CGCGUAGCUGUUGUUUCUCGUCGGAAAACGGACGUCAAGCCGGAAGGGAAUGGCCGCGGCAGCUCUGAAGCGACUUUGGUUGCGACGCCGCGGAGAGUCAGGGGGCGCGGCAGCCGCAAAGCCAGGCGUGUGGACGAGGCUGGGCACCUGGGCCCGCGCGCUGCUCCGGGACUACGCGGACGCCUGCAGGGACGCGGCGGCGGCGGCGAGGGCUCGGCCAGGCCGGGCGGCCGUUUACUUGGGGUUGCUGGGCGGUGCGGCGGCCUGCUGCGCCCUGACACCGAGCGAGGCGGCCUUCGAGGAGGCCCUGCUCGACGCGUCGGGGACCCUCCUCCUGCUGGCGCCGGCCACGCGGAACCGCGCCUCGGAGGCGUACGUCCAGCAGCUGCUCUGGCUGCGGGGCCGCGGACGCCUGCGCCACGUGAGCCUGGGCCUCUGCUCGCUGGUGUAUGAGGCGCCCCACGACGCCCAGGCCAGCCUAUACCAGGUCCGCUGCCGCCACCUGCAGCCCCGUUGGGUCGAGUUCCCGGGCCGGGUUCUGGACGUGGGCUUCGUGGGCCGCUGGUGGGUGCUGGGUGCUCGGAUGCGCGACUGCGACAUCAACGACGACGAGUUCCUCCACCUGCCGGCUCAUCUGCGCGUCGUCGGGCCCCACCAGCUGCACUCGGAGAUCAACGAGCGGCUCUUCGAUGAGAAGUACCAGCCGGUCGUGUUCACGGACGACCAGGUGGACCAGGCGCUCUGGGAGGAGCAGGUCUUUCAGAAGCAGAAGAAGGACAGGUUGGCCCUGAGCCAGGCCGACUCGCUGGUGGGGAAGGUCCGAGAUGAAACCCAGUGAGGCCUGGCUCUCGACCCAGUCCCUGACCUUGGCAGACUGUGUGCUCGGGAUUGUGCAAUUGGUGUGAGUGAGCCUCAAGUGAAAUAAAUUAUAUGUAAAGUAUUCUCGCUGGGUUUCCACAAAAUGAGGAGGCCUUUCUCACACUGGUCUUAAUGCUGUAGCUAAUUCAGAACCGCCUUGGGCUAGGAGUUGGGGAGAGCAGAUGUGACAAAAUUAUAUAAUGUUUACUGCUACCAGAGAGUAAUGCGCAUUUUACAUAAAUUGGCCUUUUUCAUUGGGCCCCACCGCCCCCUUGACUGAAGCAUCAUAUGUCAGAUGACUCCCACGAUCUCAAGCCAUAACGAUUUUCGUUCUAAAUUUUGAGCUACGACGUUUAUACUCCCAUUUUAAUGAGUAAAUUGAAAGCACUGUAAACGUAUUAAAGUUAUUGUUUCUGAGUAAACAAAAAGUAACAUAGGACAUCCUUUGUACCCUGUCCCCAGCUUCCUCCAAAUGGUAGCAUUUUUUAAGCAUUACCAAACUAGAGAUUGACAUUGGUGUGAGUAUUUGGGUUCUUACAGGGAAACUUUUGUAAAAUAGCCUGUUUUUAUCAUUUGUGUAUUAAUAGUGAUGUUAAAGUGGGUUGGGAGGAUGAAACAUUCUCUGAUCAGGAAAUCUGUGUGAGAUCAUAGAUGGUUAUGUUAUACCUCAGUAACCUUUAAAACACAGGAUUGUAGGGCAAGGAACAUGUUAGCUGGUACUUAGCUAGGUUAUGGUAAUCAUACUUUAAAAACCUAAAGUUUUUACAGUUGCUUGCCAGGCCUGGAGGCAGCCAUGGGGACUAAGCAUCCCAGAGAGGUGGAGUCUCGGUAAAAAUAUUCUCUGAACUGAAUCCUGAACUUGUCUUGUUGGUCAAAAGAUUAAGAUAUAAAAUUUCCUUUUCAUUUGAUAGUAUUACCACCAUUAACAUUGUUAAGCCCCUCCCCCAAAACCUUAAUGUUCCACGUAAAGUGCAUUAUAAUCAGUAAAAAAAACAACUACUAAGUUUACAGGCAUGAUAGUUUCUCACCUAGGUGGCCUGUGGGUAGUUAAUAAAACCAGGAGAUGAAACAACCA